AUGCAGUCCCUGUGGCUUUGCUGGGUACUAGGGGUGCUGCCCCUGGCUGGCCAUGGGGCAGCUGUGGCCGAGGAGCAGGUCCUGGUCAGGCUACUGCAGCAGCUGAAGCUCAGCAAGGCUCCCAUCCUGGACAGGGUGGACGUGGAGGGGAUGGCCAUCCCUGCCCACGUGAGGGCCCAGUAUGUGACCCUGCUACAGCGAAGUCAUGCUGACCGCUCCCGAGGCAAGAGGUUCAGCCAGAACUUCAGAGAGGUGGCAGGCAGGUUCCUGGUGUCCGAGACCUCCACACACUUGCUAGUGUUUGGCAUGGAGCAGCGGCUGCGGCCUAACAGUGAGCUGGUGCAGGCCGUGCUGCGGCUGUUCCAGGAGCCGGUCCCCAGAACUGCUCUCAGGAGGCAUGAGAGGCUAUCCCCACACAGUGCCCGGGCUCGGGUCACCAUUGAGUGGCUGAGAGUUCGUGAAGAUGGCUCCAACCGCACCGCCCUCAUCGACUCCAGGCUCGUGUCCAUCCACGAGAGCGGCUGGAAGGCCUUCGACGUGACGGAGGCAGUGAACUUCUGGCAGCAGCUGAGUCGGCCGAGGCAGCCACUGCUGCUGCAGGUGUCGGUGCAGAGGGAGCAUCUGGGCCCGGGGACGUGGAGCGCACACAAGUUGGUCCGUUUUGCUGCUCAAGGGGCGCCGGGCAGCGAGGGGCGGGGCGAGCCCCAGCUGGAGCUGCACACGCUGGAUCUCAAGGACUACGGAGCUCAAGGCAACUGUAACCCUGAAGCCCCAGUGACAGAAGGCACCAGAUGCUGUCGCCAAGAGAUGUACCUUGACCUGCAGGGGAUGAAGUGGGCUGAGAACUGGGUUUUGGAACCCCCAGGGUUCCUGGUCUAUGAGUGUGUGGGCAGCUGUCUGCAGCCACCAGAGUCCCUGACCAUCAAGUGGCCGUUCCUGGGGCCACGGCAGUGUGUUGCCUCAGAGAUGAGCUCCUUGCCCAUGAUUGUCAGCAUGAAGGAGGGAGGCAGGACCAGGCCCCAGGUGGUCAGCCUGCCCAACAUGAGGGUGCAGACUUGCAGCUGUGCUUCGGACGGGGCUCUCAUACCGAGGGGGAUCGAUCUGUAG